GGUUCUGAUUCAACACUGUGAGUGUCUGUUCAGUUUCUUCUCAGCUCUUGAGUGUGCCACACUAGAGCUCUCUCUUUUCCUAAAUCAAAAUGAAGAAAUUAAUCUUCCUGAGUCUUUAUCUACUUGUAUCUGCCAGAGGAGCACCACCAGGUCAGCCUGAUGAGCUUCUGAACUCUGUAGACCACCAAGCUUCUGUUCAGCAACUCUCGAGUGAGUACUUCUCACUUGCAAACCCUUCGGAUGUCGAGGCUUUGUAUGAAACACCUUCAGGUGAGAAAGGUCUGACUGAUCAUAGUUCAAGUGAACAUGAAUCAAAUGAGCAUGCUGCAAGCGAACACGUUUCAGGUGAGCAUACUUCAGAAGAACACUCUUCAGAACACAGCACAAGUGAGCAUAUCACAGGAGAGCACAUUACGGGAGAGCACACUUCGGGUGAGCACACUUCAGUAGAGCACACUUCAAGCGAUCACACUUCAGUCGAACCUGCAGACCAGUCAAGUGAACAGACUUCAGAAGUGGCUUCAGCUGACCAAGUUUCAGGUGAAAAGGCUGAGGAAUCGGGCGAACAGACUUCUGAGGUAACUUCAAGUGACAAAAAUGAACAAAUUAUAAGUACGCCAUUUCCAAGCACAUCUGCAGGCAUAGCAAUAAAUUGCCACGCAUGUGCUUAUAUGAAUGAUGAUGGAAAAUGUCUUCGUGGUGAGGGAGUAUGCACCACUCAGAAUUCCCAGCAAUGCAUGCUAAAGAAGAUCUUUGAAGGUGGAAAACUCCAGUUCAUGGUUCAAGGGUGUGAGAACAUGUGUCCAUCUAUGAAUCUCUUCUCUCAUGGAACAAGAAUGCAAAUUAUGUGCUGUCGGAACGAACCUCUCUGCAACAAGACCUAGAAGCCUAUGCCCCCACUUCUUGCUCUGACUCAGGCAGCUUCACCACUCUACAUGGCUCAAUUUAUAGUCAUGUUCAACUAAUUACAUCUGUCUCCGCCUGAUCAGACAAGAAGCUGGACCCUUAUCUUUAUUAAAAACCCCAUUGCCUAUGUCCUCUGCCUUCCUUGCUCCUCUCCUUCCCCAGAUUUUCUUUUUUUGCAAUGAAUUCCUAUUGUUAAAGAACACAGGCUACAGUCAGAUUAUUUUUCAUCAGUCUAGUUGCAGACUUGUUUCUUUCCAUGACCAAAUAAAGUGAAUGUUUUGCACAAUCA